GGGGUGCGCGGGCCGGCGGCCGGGGAUGCAGCGGGGCGGCCGCGGAGGCGCUCCUCGCUGGUGACCGCGGCGCCGCGCCUCGGGCGGCCGCUCCCAGCCGACAGCGCGAGCGAGCGCGGCCCUCCGAACGGACGAAUGUAUGACAACAUGUCCACAAUGGUGUACAUAAAGGAAGACAAGUUGGAGAAGCUUACACAGGAUGAGAUCAUCUCCAAGACCAAGCAAGUAAUUCAGGGCCUGGAGGCUUUGAAGAAUGAGCACAACUCCAUUUUGCAGAGUUUGCUGGAGACACUGAAGUGUCUGAAGAAAGAUGAUGAGAGCAACCUGGUGGAGGAGAAAUCCAACAUGAUACGGAAAUCACUGGAGAUGCUAGAGCUCGGCCUGAGUGAGGCGCAGGUUAUGAUGGCCUUGUCAAAUCACCUAAAUGCUGUUGAGUCAGAGAAACAGAAACUACGCGCGCAGGUUCGUCGCCUGUGCCAGGAGAAUCAGUGGCUGCGGGAUGAGCUGGCCAACACACAACAGAAGUUACAGAAGAGUGAGCAGUCCGUGGCUCAGCUGGAGGAAGAAAAGAAACACCUGGAAUUUAUGAACCAGCUCAAAAAGUAUGACGAUGACAUUUCCCCCUCGGAGGACAAGGACACUGAUUCUGCCAAAGAGCCCCUGGAUGAUCUCUUCCCAAAUGACGAGGACGAGCCAGGCCAAGGAAUCCAGCAGCAGCAUAGCAGUGCUGCCGCUGCUGCCCAGCAGGGAGGCUACGAGAUCCCGGCGCGGCUACGCACACUCCACAACCUGGUGAUCCAGUAUGCCUCUCAGGGGCGCUACGAGGUGGCUGUGCCGCUCUGCAAACAGGCCCUGGAGGAUCUGGAGAAGACUUCAGGCCAUGACCACCCUGAUGUGGCCACCAUGCUCAACAUCCUGGCCCUGGUGUACAGGGAUCAGAACAAAUACAAAGAUGCAGCGAAUCUGCUGAAUGAUGCCUUGGCCAUCCGUGAGAAGACGCUGGGCAAGGAUCACCCUGCGGUUUGUAUAUCUGGUUCUUUUGAUAUUUUUACACUUUUUUUUUUUGCCCAGUGUGAUUUUUGUCCGGCUCACCCAGUGUCACACUCAACAGCGAGGGCUGAGAGCCGCUUCCCAGGUGCACAGGUGGCUGCGACCCUGAAUAACCUCGCUGUCCUGUAUGGUAAACGAGGGAAGUACAAAGAGGCCGAGCCAUUGUGUAAGAGGGCCCUGGAGAUCAGAGAAAAGGUUCUAGGAAAGGAUCACCCUGAUGUUGCUAAGCAGUUAAAUAACCUGGCCUUACUGUGCCAGAACCAGGGCAAAUAUGAAGAAGUAGAAUAUUAUUACCAGAGAGCCCUGGAGAUCUACCAGACAAAAUUGGGACCAGACGACCCCAAUGUGGCGAAGACGAAAAACAACCUGGCAUCCUGCUACCUGAAACAAGGAAAGUUCAAGCAAGCAGAAACAUUGUACAAAGAGAUUCUCACUCGUGCACAUGAGCGGGAGUUUGGUUCUGUGGAUGAUGAAAACAAGCCCAUCUGGAUGCACGCUGAGGAAAGGGAAGAGUGCAAAGGAAAGCAGAAGGACGGGUCGUCUUUUGGAGAGUACGGAGGCUGGUACAAAGCCUGCAAAGUUGACAGCCCAACUGUUACAACUACUUUGAAAAACCUUGGAGCACUUUACCGACGUCAAGGGAAAUUUGAAGCUGCAGAGACAUUAGAAGAAGCUGCCAUGAGGUCUCGUAAACAGGGUCUUGACACUGUUCACAAACAGAGAGUGGCUGAAGUGCUAAAUGACCCUGAGAACAUGGAGAAGCGGAGGAGCCGGGAGAGUCUCAAUGUGGACGUGGUCAAGUACGAGAGUGGCCCUGACGGAGGGGAGGAAGUGAGUAUGAGCGUAGAGUGGAACGGGGAUGGCACUGGAUCUUUAAAACGCAGUGGUUCCUUUAGCAAACUCCGGGCCUCCAUUAGACGCAGCAGUGAGAAGCUGGUUAGGAAGCUGAAGGGAGGAAGUUCACGAGAGAGUGAGCCAAGGAACCCCGGUUUCUAUGUGCUUGAAGAAAGGCGUAAGUCAUGGGUCUUGGAGUCUUCUCUACAGUCACAUCCACACUGCCAGUUUUCAGCGGGGCGUAGUGACACACACCUGUAAUCCCAGGAGCUCAGGAGGCUGAGGCAGGAGGAUCACAAGUUGAAAGCACUUAGCAAGAUCCUGUCUUAAAAUAAAAUAUAAAAAGGGUUGGGCAUAUGCUCAGUGGUAGAGCACCCUGGGUUCAGUGCCCACCACUGUGGGGCGGGAGGCGAUCCCACGUGAAACCUUCUGUGGUCGAAAUUUUGGUCAGCUCAGGGCCGUCAGUCCACCGGGGACCUGUGAGAAAUGUCAAGUCCUGUCCUUUUCAGCUGUUUGUUAUUUUGCCCUUUAAAACCAUGUCCAGUCUGAUCCCCUCAGUGGCAUUUAGGACCUGUGCCCGAGACCCUGCCAUCACCCACACCUGGUGCCUCCGUAGCCAGUAGAGGGUCUGGCCAGAAGGUCCACAGUGGCCACCACUCUGUCUGUGCUUGGCCUUCUUGGCCACUCUGUCCCUCUAGGAGUCACUCCACUUGAGGGUGAAAACUUCUGGUGGCUUUUGGGAGCUGGGUGUCCCUGGGCAGAAGCAGUGCUACGCUGCUGUGGGCCCCUCAGGAACACCGUGGGGGAGGUCAGGGUCCCUGCAGCUGGUGGAAACUGCCCGGGCCCUGGCACAACGCCCCUGGCUGGCCAGGUGCAGUGCUGCCGUGCUCUCUCACUUGGAAGGUGGCCCUGGACUGCCUUGGGGUGAGGUGUCUGAUUGUUCCCAGACCUGGAGUGACAGGUCACACAGAGUGACAGGUACACCGAGUGACUCUGGAACGGCUGGAUGUUUGCCUUUUUACGACGUUGGGAGGGGCCGACAGUGCCCCACAGCUGCUGGGUCUGACCCCGCAGGGGGACCUUUCUGAGCAGAACAAUUUGUGCAUCAGAACACCCUAUCCAGGGUUUUAGUUCCUCAGAGGGAGGCACCCUGGCCGCUUGAGGCUCUGGACAUUUUGAAGGCCUUGGUGUGCACACCCUAGUUCUGACUCUGAGCCCUGGGACACGGCCACACUUCCCACGUGAGAGCAGUCAGCAUCCUUCUGUUGCUUCCAAGACCUGGCUUCUGACAUGCUGAGUGCGGCCGCCCUGCACUGUGUCCAGUGCUGCUGCAGGGUCAGCCUGAGGAUGGCAGUGGUGUCUGUGCUCACAUAGCCCAGUGCGUCCUCAGUGGCCUUGGGGCUCCCAUCCCAUGAGACCACAAGGCCAGUGUUCUCGGGCACCUCCCAUGGGCUGCCUGGCCUUCCCUGGUGUCCUGCUGUUGGCUUCUGGGGCCCCAGCACCUGCUUUUCUAGCCAGUGCUUGGGUGGGGCUGAGCCUAUUGGCCUGGGGCUGCCACAGGAGUUGCUGACUGGAUGUUCCAGGAGCAGGCUUUGGUGGCCCACUGCUGAGCUGGACUUGUGUGCCAUCGUCCUGAUGCCCCAGAGUGAAAGACAGAGUCACUGUGAGGGGUCCCGCCGCUGCUUUCAUCCUGCAGAGUUGAGGGAGAAGGCUGCAUUGCCUUCUUAGAAGAAACCAGCUGGCCGCAGGGAGAAGAGAGCAGUCGAGCCUGUGGACAGGGCUGAGCUGAUGUGGCUGCACUUGGUCUGGAGUGGCCUAGGUAGAGGAGAACUAGUAGGGGCCUCUGGCAGCAUCCGGGCGGCUGCUGGACAGUCCGUCCUGUUGGACACCCUGGAUGGGUUCUGCUUGGGGAAAGGUAAGCUGUGGUCUGCGUGUCACUGUGUCAGCGAGAGUUGGCCCACAGCUGUUGGCUGGGCACCCUUGUCCUCUGUGCCCCCAGGCUCACUGGUGUCCCACGGGAGCACUCCAGUGACCUCAGCACCGCGUCACUGUGCGAAAGUGGAAGUGGCUUCGUGUCCAGAGGUGUCCGUGAAGGAGGUGAACAGUGCAGUGAUUUUUGUAGCCUCCGUGAUCUAAACCCAGGCUACAGGUCAUUCCCUGGCCUACAGCUCAAGUACUGUAGUCAUCAAACGGUGGGGAAAAGUGAAUGUAUAUAUAAAUGGCUGUGUUUCUUUACACGUAAAGCCAUAAAAUUUGUUUUAAAUGUUGGUUUUCUGAAGUAAGAAAUACUGCCUUCAGAGUUUUUCUUACUGAUGAUAAAAUUGCUUUUCCUAAUAUAUAAAAAGUAUGAAAUACAGAACAUACUCAUGUGUCUGAUGGAUGUUCACAGUGAGCUCCAUGUCUGGCCUGGGUGGGUUGAGCCCUGCAUGAGGCCCCCCAGGCCUCCAGAGCCCCAGGGCAGGCAUGGCAGAGGGGCUUGGUGUGUCCGAGAACCAUGGGCUCUUUGUUGGGAGAUGCAGGAAACUGGGCUUUUGUCUGGGGCAUAAAACAGCAGGGACUUCCAGGGAAGGCCCAGUCCCCAGGGACCCCAGUGUCCUGCUGGCUGGUUGACAUGCUGAUCCAUUUGUCCUUGCAUGUCCGCGUCGGUG